AGAUAUAAAGUUGAUCCUUUUGUUCAGGAAAGAAUAUAUUCCUUUGAGCAAUUUCACCACUUCCCUUCAGUUACAUAUUGUUUUUUUGCAUACGUUGAAUCUUGAAAACACUAUGUGCAGUCAAUAAAAUUUACAGAUCAAGAAAAAAUAUUGUUGGCGAAAAAGCUUGAUGGUCGGUUUGCUUCAGCAGAUCUUGCUGGUUCUUUUAACAACCCCUUCUUUCCUUUUCCUUCAUUGAGUUAUAAAGCCUUGCCUUCUUUGUGCUUGAAAUUGGAUUAAGACAUCAAUCAAAAGUGAGUUGAGAGUUUUGAAAGGGGAAAUGGAAGAACAAACAGAAAUGGUAGGAAGAGCAUUUGUGGAUCACUACUACAAUCUUUUUGACAAUGAUCGAUCAUCGAUUGGUGCUCUCUAUCAACCAAGCUCCAUGUUCUCAUUUGAGGGCCAAAAGUUGCUGGGAAGUGAAGAUAUCUGUGCUAAGCUUAAUGAGUUGCCUUUUGGACAAUGCCGUCAUGUGAUUAGCACCAUCGAUUCUCAACCUUCCUCCUUUACCGGAGGGAUCAUAGUCUUUGUCAGUGGUAGCAUUCAACUUCUUGGAGAGGACCAUCCCCUGAGGUUUAGUCAGAUGUUUCACUUGAUCCCAACUGUGGAAGGAAGCUUCUUUGUGCAGAAUGACAUAUUUCGCCUCAACUAUGGCUAGUUAGCGUUAACGUGUGGAGAAAGUGUUGAUCAGGAGAAACAAAAAUAGUGUUUGUGUGAGUGGAAAUGUCCAAGAGAGAAAAUUAUUGAUGAAAGUUGAUUUGAAUGUGGUCCUUCCUUAACAAAGGGAAUUGGAGCAUCACAUUAUUGAUUUGCUAGUUGCUGCUGCUUUGUAUUACUGGUUGACGUUUAUUCAAUUUGCAAUCACUAAUACUUGCAAGUCCAAA